CGUGACUGUUCCACAGAGGGCUGUGGAUGCAGACCAUAAAGGACUUCAGUUGAUUUGUACAGUGCAUGUACCGUAUGUGCCCGGUGAAGCCAGCCCGGGGAGGGGCAUUGCAAGCUGGGCUUUUGCUGCAUUAUUUUGCCCAGUGUGCAUCGAGGUGUAUUCCUAACCUAGCCGCGCUUAGUUGGACGGAGCGCAACACUGGAGGAGACAAAGGAGUGCGUGCCGCUACAGAACUCUGCUCUCGGACUUUCGCUUCUGUGCAGCAGUGGAGACUGAGAGGAGAGCGAUGAGCGGUAUACUGAAAAGGAAGUUUGAUGAGGUGGAGGCGUCCUCCUCGCCCUGUUCCUCCUUGCGGGAGUCUGAUGACGAGGUCUCCUGCAGCGAGAGCGGGGACAGCAGUGACAGUGUCAACCCCUCAGCCUCAGGCCCCUUCACCCCGGAUUCCAUCCUGAAGAGGGAAAAGCGUGUGAGGACAAGAAGGGUGCAUUUUGAGAAUGUGACGGUGUACUACUUCAGCCGGCGCCAGGGCUUCACCAGUGUGCCCAGUCAGGGGGGCAGUACUCUGGGCAUGUCCAAUAGACACAGCUGUGUCAGGCAGUACUCCCUGGGAGAGUUUUCCCUGGAGCAGGAGAGGAUCCAUCGAGACAUGCUCCGAGACCAUCUGAAGGAGGAGAAACUCAACUCAAUUAAGCUGAAGCUGACCAAGAAUGGCACAGUGGAGUCUGAGGAGGCCAACUCACUCACGGCGGAGGACAUCUCUGACGACGACAUUGACCUGGACAACACAGAGGUAGACGAGUACUUCUUCCUGCAGCCCCUGACCACAAAGAAGCGGCGGGCUCUGCUGCGGACCUCGGGGGUGAAGAAGAUUGACGUGGAGGAGAAGCACGAGCUACGGGCCAUCCGGGUGUCCAGGGAGGACUGUGGCUGUGACUGCCGAGUGUUCUGUGACCCUGAGACCUGUGCGUGCAGCGUAGCAGGAAUCAAGUGCCAGGUGGACCGCAUGUCUUUUCCCUGUGGAUGCACCAAGGAGGGCUGUAACAACACGGCCGGCAGGGUGGAGUUCAACCCCAUACGUGUGCGCACCCACUUCCUGCACACCAUCAUGAAGUUGGAGUUGGAGAAGAGCCGUGAGCAACAGCAGGCCUCCCCUGCCAACAGUUACCAUGGUGAAAGCAACGGCCACGGCAACCCGUUGGUCCAGAGCCAGCGCAGUCUAGAAUACUCUCUCUCAGACCCAAUAGUCCAACAGUCUGCCAUCAUGCAACUCCAGUCAGCCGACGACAUGGACGGGACUCUGGAUGACGAAGAUGAGGACGAGGAGGACGAGGAAGAGAAUGAAGAGGACGAGGAGGAUGAGGAAGACAGUAGCAGUAUAUGCAGCAGACUGUCUGACUCCAGCACCCAGAGCUUGGCCAACAGUGACUCUGAGGAAGAGGAAGAAGAAGAGGAUGACGAAGAGGAGGAGGACAAAGUAGAGAACUUUGAGAAUGGAGUGGCCGCAACGCCCGUCUCCCACACGGAGGUCGUCCCCCUGUCCUCAGUGCUGUGUUACUCUGACGGCACAGCGCCGCACCACAACCACGCCAAUGGGAACUCUUUUUUACCCAGCUCCCCGGCAGAGUAUUACCAGCUGGAGAACCCUGGUGCAGUUGCCUCGGCCAACGGGACGACCAGCCAACCCAGCCAAACCUACGGAGAGGCCUCGUCGUUCCCGCACUCCGCCAGCACCUGUAACGGGUCCGUGGUGCAAGCAUCGUUCAACACGACAGGGCCGUACACAGACUCUCCCCACCGGGAUGCGGAACCGUACGCCAGCCAAUGCUUCACCCUGACCAAUGGCACGGCAGCCGCUACCACCAUGGGCUGCUGCUCACCUGACCUCGACAACAACGCGGUCCGAUCUAAAGGAGCGUUCCCUGAGCAGGCCGCGGGCCUCAGCCAGUUCCACAACCACCUGAACAACAAGAGCUCCCUGGAAGGCUGGGGUGGUAAUGGGAAGUGUUUUGUUGCAGAGCAGCCAAAGGAAGUGUCUAUUGCUAAUGGUCUGUCUGAUGGGCCUUCUCUAGUAGAAAGUACAAUGAUCACUCCAUUAGCAGAGAAUCUCCCACAGGUUACGCCAGUUUAGUGGUCAUUGCUCACCUGCCUGUUUAGGCUUCAUAUUGGUCUUUUCCAAAUGAACAUGGCUGACCAAGUGUUAUUUAUGGAGAUUUCCAUUGCCUUUAAUGGGAACAAAACUUUCCAAAUCAUUUUCAAGACCAUACAUAGUAAUUUGACAUUAUUUAGCCACACUUUCCUUAACUGACAAACAUUUCUAAUGAACCACCUGAUCUCUAGUAGUAUUCUUAACUGCAAUCUGGAGGCAGUCGACAAAAACUGAAAAUCUGUAAGCCUGUGCAAUGUAUCUUGUAAUUUCAAAGGUAAAGUUUUAAGCGGAUAUUGUGAAUGGAAAUUUUACAUGUCUAUGUGUCAAAUGUGCAAAAAUGGAAUUGUCACAGUUUAUUUAUUUGUUCUGAAAUGUGUAUAGCUAUAAAUGUUUUGAUAAUUAUAAAUGCAUGUUAUUUUGGGGCUUUCGAUGGCAUUCAUCAGAAUUGACUGUGUGGCCAAUUUGGGUUUAUAAAAAUGUGUAUCAAUGUACUGUACAAACCUUACUAUUGUGUUGUCACUUGUAAUCCAUGCUUUUAUAUUGUUUGGAAAAGCUUGAAAAAGGAUAGAAUUUGUAAUUAUUACUGGUUUAUAAUGCCAAUAAGCAUAAUUUCAUCUAAAUUAUCAAAAUGAUUCACAGCUGUUUGCACUUUUGUAAAUGUGUAUACAGGGAAAUACUAAUGUAGCACUUUGACUUGCAUCUCUGAAAUACCAUAUACAACUGUCAAAUCUAUGGAAGCAACAGGAACAUAGUAUAAUAAAUAUUUUAUGGACCUCAGUUUAAAUAAAUAAUUAAAGCUACAGUACAUGAAUAAAAGCCAGGGAUAAUGUUGGUAUUGCUGAGUUGGAUGAGAAAUUAUUUCAAAGAUCUAUUUAUAUCAACAUUCCAUUCUCUCAUGACAAAUGACAGAAAACACACGAAGAGAUAUUAAAGACAUCAACGUUCUUUAAAUUAUUUAAGUGUGAAGUGCAAUAGUAAGAGGAAAUAUGGGGCCUGAAAUGUUGGACAAACUAUCACUACGUUUCACAGUAAGCAGCGUCUGUUUCUUGCAUGACGCGCAGAAAGCAGUUAUUCUCCACCGGGAAAAAGUUGCACAAUCAAAGGUUAAACUCGGCCUAUGAUUUCUGUCCGAACCAGUUGAAAGAAUCACUUAAAACCCAGAGACGCUGGAAAGGAUAACUGAACCGGUCAUAUGAAAUAACUUAGGAAGGAAUGCUAUUGAAGGGAAUGCUCCAGAUAUGCAUUGUUUCAACUAUAAUCCUUUCCCUUACCUUAGAGCGGCUACUGCUGCAUGUAGCCCCAUAGUCUGCUAAACCAGCAGUGUGUAUUCAUCCAACAUGAUCAUACUCUCCUUUGUAUUAUUACCACUUGAUUUGUGAUUCUGCUUCUAACUGAAACACAAAGUAAUAAUGUUAUUUGAUCUCAGUGGCAAAGUGUAUCCAGCUGUCAGGCAAUCAGUGCUACUGUAUCAGUAUGGCCCAUACAGUAUCAGUGCCAAAGCAUUCAUGAACAGGCAAGAUAGUGACAUUGCAUCCAGUUGAAUAACCCUGCUGUGUUUAUUAUUUUCCGUAUUUAUUAUGAAUGAUGUUGAAAUGUGUAUUUAUUGUGGUUUACGGAACAGUCUGUAUUGAAUAAAAUGUUUCUGUCUUAAAUUUA